AAGCAAGCCUUCCAGGAGAAGACAUGGCUGACCCUGACAACAAGAGCUGCAACUGUGAAUUUUUGACAGAAGAUCUCACACCAGGCCUUAAAGCCAGCAUCCGGGCAGUGUGCAUCAUGCGAUUUCUGGUUUCCAAGCGAAAAUUCAAGGAAAGCCUGCGACCGUAUGAUGUGAUGGAUGUCAUUGAACAGUAUUCAGCAGGACAUUUGGAUAUGCUUUCCCGGAUCAAAAAUCUUCAGUCCAGGAUAGAUAUGAUUGUGGGUCCCCCACCCUCUUCAACUCCCCGGCAUAAGAAGUAUUCAACCAAAGGAUCACCCCAAUACUCGCCUAGAGUUGACCAGAUUGUUGGGCGUGGACCAUCAAUGACGGAUAAAGACCGAACCAAAGGCCCAUCUGAAGGGGAACUUCCAGAAGAUCCAAGUAUGAUGGGAAGACUUGGCAAAGUAGAAAAGCAGGUUCUGUCCAUGGAGAAGAAGUUGGACUUCCUGGUCAAUAUCUACAUGCAACGGAUGGGGAUCCCACCUACUGAAACAGAAGCCUAUUUUGGUUCCAAAGAACCUGAUCCAGCACCACCUUAUCAUAGCCCAGAGGACAGCCGGGAACAUAUUGAUAAAAACGGCUGUAUUAUCAAGAUCAUUCGCUCUACCAGUUCAAUGGGACAGAAGAAUUUUUCUGCACCACCAGCCACAACAAUGCCAAACAACUCAUGCCCCCCCUCCACUUCUUGGCAGCAAUAUCAACGUCAAAGUCACGGGACAUCCCCAGUUGGUGAUCCUGGCUCUUUGGUUAGAAUCCCACCACCACCUUCACAUGAGCGUUCCUUAUCCGCCUACAGUGGGGGGAGCAGGGCCAAUGCUGAGUAUGCAAAGAAUGAAGAUGUUACUGCUAAACAUCCUGAGAGUGCCCUAAGAGAUAGUGACACUUCUAUUUCAAUCCCAUCUGUCGACCAUGAGGAACUGGAGCGUUCCUUCAGCGGCUUUAGCAUCUCCCAGUCCAAAGAAAAUUUGGACAUCCUUAACAAUGGUUGCUACACCGCUGUGGCCAAAAUCAGACCUUACAUUGCAGAAGGUGAGUCGGAUACAGAUUCUGACCUCUGCACACCCUGUGGCCCCCCACCAAGAUCAGCAACAGGUGAGGGACCUUUCAGUGAUCUAGGCUGGUCAACCCCAAGACAGUGAAGCCAUGGGAAGCCACCUGAAGAUAACAUCGAGAAUAUGGGGCAGUCAUAGGUCUGCAUAUAGAACCUCUUCAGCAGACUGAAAGUUCAUGUUCUGUGACCCAGAAGUAGUGGGUACUUAAUCAUAGAUUACCUUGGGGGUGGGGGAACAGAGGCAGUACCGGUGACCUACAAAGAGAGAGAGUACUGGAAUGCAUAACUUGAAAUGUCUUGAAAUGUCCGUUGUACUAUCUUCCUGACUUUCUAAAAUGGAUAAGUGAAACUUUUUUCAUACUCCUGUGGGUAGAUAGCCACAACUCUUAGUAGUCUUUUCAACUAAGAGGACGCAGGCAUUGGGUCAGAGUUUGGUUGAGUAAUGGGCAAAUACCAGUUUUGAAUACGAAGAUUUGCCCUGAGGUCCUGAGCUUUUGAAUCACACACAAAAAUGAUACUGAUUUUUUUAAAAAAAAUGCCUUGGGAGAAGAGGAAACACAUCUGUUGUAUGUGUUGACAAAUGGAGGUUUAAUAAUCAUUACAGAGCAGUUAAGCAGCAGAGACCUAAAAGGGUUCAUGCCCUAAGUCCAAAUGGCACGUCCAUGAAUUUUCAGUAACAGAAAAGAAAACAGCCUUGAAGCUUUGCAUUAGGGUUAGGACCAUAGCCUGAAAGAGAAGUGUUUGAGUUGAAAAAAAAACAACUGUGAAGCAAGGUUGCUUCCAUCUGAGUAUUGUUUUGUUUUUAAAUAAAAUAUUUGGAGGACAGUGGCAUUAAACCAGUUCUCAGUGUGCACGCUCAGAUAUUUAGAUAUGUUUAUCCUCCUCAGGAUGCUGUGACAGACAAGAAGAUUGGAAGCCAAGUAUGGGAGAAACCUAACCUUUGCAUUCAGAUGGAUCUAAGUUAAUACUGUUCCAGUUUGGAAUGGCUGUUUCCUGCAUUACAUGCCAUAAUUGUGUCUGCAGGGGACAAGUGACGUUUGUCAUGAUAGAAAUGGCACGAGUUAUGGACUUGGAUCAUGGCAUUCUUGCACCAUUUGUGCAAUGAUGUAAUGAUGUCCCUGUCACCAUUUUGCUGUCAUGGCUUGCUGCCAUGGCUUGCUAUUGUAGCCAUGUGGGGAAGUUCAAAAUGAUGAAGCAAAAGACCUUCUCGGUCGCUCUUAGGGAAGCAGUCUAUGGAACGCCUUGCCAAUUUACUGAAUUUGUAAGGACAUGUAAAAAAACUGAAAUCCUGUAAGAUGAGAAGAAAUCUCAUGAUAGAGUCAAAAGGAAGAGUUCUUCAGGAGCUAAUAUCUGGGUGGUAGGAAGGGGUGACCUCUGCAAUGCAUUGUGCCUGGAUGCUUUAGCACAGGGUUUGU